CGCUGUCUGCGCCGCCGGCUCGGGGAUAUGGACGCCCCCGGGGCCCCGACCCCCACGGCCGCCCCCGGCCCGGGUAGGAAGGAGCUGAAGAUCGUGAUCGUGGGCGACGGCGGCUGCGGCAAGACUUCGCUGCUCAUGGUGUACAGUAAGGGAUCCUUCCCCGAGCACUACGCCCCAUCCGUGUUCGAGAAGUACUCGGCCAGCGUGACCGUGGGCAACAAGGAGGUGACCCUGAACCUCUACGACACCGCCGGGCAGGAAGACUAUGACCGGCUGCGGCCCCUGUCCUACCAGAACACCCACCUCGUGCUCAUCUGCUAUGACGUCAUGAACCCCACCAGCUAUGACAACGUCCUCAUCAAGUGGUUCCCUGAGGUCACGCAUUUCUGCCGCGGGACCCCCAUGGUGCUCAUUGGCUGCAAGACAGACCUCAGGAAGGACAAAGAGCAGCUGCGGAAGCUCCGGGCAGCCCAGCUUGAGCCCAUCACCUACAUGCAGGGCAUGAGCGCCUGUCAACAAAUCCAAGCCGCCCUCUACCUGGAGUGUUCCGCCAAGUUCAGGGAGAACGUGGAGGACGUCUUCCGAGAGGCUGCCAAGGUCGCCCUCAGCGCACUGAAGAAAGCGCAGCGGCAGAAACACCGCCGGCUGUGCCUGCUGCUCUGACCCUGGGGCAGGCGCCUGGCCCGGCCCGCAGACAGGACUGACGGGCCCUGCUCUGUCCCCACAGUCCUGCCCCAGCCCAGCUCUCCGAGGGCACGUGGAAUUGGGCGUCUCCAGUGCCUGGUGUCUGGAGCCUGGCAAGGCCCUCGGGACAUUCUGGACUCUCCUUUCCCAGCUGGGGCUCUGACCAGGACCUCUGGAGCUGCGGCCUGUGUGGUGGCGGGUGAGGGUGCUGGACUCAGUCCCUCUGGACCUUGGAACUGGCAUUUGUGCCCAGGAGUCUGGAGUGCCCUCUUCGCACCCUCCCCCAGCCGUGUUUGUGUCCCUUCCCACACCCAGCAGGUCCUCAGAGCCUGUCCUCCUUGAAAGGAGAGGCUGCAUUGGUACCGGUCAGUGUGGAUUCGGUCAGUGUGGAGUCGGCUGUGCUCCCCAGCCUCAGCCUGCCGCUCCUGGACCCGCCUCCCCGGGCCUGGGAGAUAGGCAGGCUGCAUCCUGUCCUUGCUUCCUUCCCCAGGACUCCUGGCCGCGAAGGCUGAGGCCUAUCAGGAGAACACAGCUGGGACACGGGGGUGCCACCCCCCCAUCCUGUCCUCAGCAGAGGACUUCAGUGCUGCCUUCGGCUCGGCCAACAUCUUUCCAGCGCUGGGCGCGCGUGACCGGGAGGAGAACUCAGAAAGCAGACGAAGCCCCUGGACCAGCCAUCCAGCCCCGGCUCAGGGUCUCCUCACCUGCGACCCCCCCCCCCCCCCGCCGGAAACGCAGAUGAGCAGGGCCGGCUGCUCUCAGGCUGGCCAGCCCUCGCUGGGGGCUGCAUCCCGGGCUGCAGGACGCCCGGCUCACCGAGGCAGCCACCCUCACAGCCACCACUUCUGCCCAGAGGUGUUCUGGAGCCAAGACCAGCCUGCCUCCGGGAACGGACUUGACCGACCGACCCCCAGCUGCAGAGUCACUGAACCCCCUUCUGAAAGGUCUGGGCUCAGGAAUCCGGGAAAUUUUAAACAAGUGCCCCAGGAGAUUCCAACACCCGGAGACUGAGUGAGCUCGGGAGGCAGCAUCACCUAAGGUGGGGAGGAUGACGCCAGGUGUCUCCUGCACCCCAGGUGUCUCCUGCUGCAGCCCCCUUUCUCUGAAGUCCACCCCACCCCACCUAGGUUCCCUGAGGCCCUACCAUGCUCUGGGGACUCAGCGAGCUUUCAGACCAAGGACCUCGUGUUCUAGCAGAGUCCAGGGCCUCGUGGACAAAUGAGGGUUUAAAACAGAGGUCAGCAAACUAUGGCCUGUGAGCCAAAUCUGGCUGCCGUAUGUUUUUGUAAAUAAAGUUUUAUUGGAACACAGCCAGGCCCAUUCAUUUAUGCAUGGGCUACUUUUGCCUCACAACUUCAGGUUACAGUAGUUGUGACAGACCACCUGGCCCUUUACCAGAAAACUCUGCCAACGCCUAGUCUAGGGCAAACCAAAGUACCUAAAAGGCCAGAUGGGAGGCCCAGAGAGUGCAGGAGGGCAGGGGUAAAAGGGAGUGGUGGGGUCUGCGGCAAACUAGAAAGCAAGUACCACCUUAGGCAGACAGCUCAGCCCAGCCAAGUGCUGCCCUGUGGGAAUGCUGCCAGGUCUUUCCAUUU